GCACGCUUCCCUUUCCGAUAAAGGGGACGGGCACAGAUGUGGAGGCAGAGAUGCCUCCAGCCCUCGCCUGCCUGCUGCUGCUCCUGGCGGGCUGCCUGGGACGCCAGCACCACGCCUGCCGCUGCCUGGCCAGGGUCCUCAUCUGCCAGGAGAGCCAGGUGCUCCAGGUGCCCCGGGACAUCCCUGCCAACACCACCGAGCUGAGAUUUGUCCUCACCAAGAUCAGAGUCAUUCCCAAAGGAGCUUUCACAGGACUUGUUGACCUAGAGAAAAUAGAGAUCUCACAGAAUGAUGCCUUGGAGGUCAUAGAAGCAAAUGUGUUUUCCAACCUUCCCAAACUACAUGAAAUAAGAAUUGAGAAAGCCAACAACCUCGUGUACAUCGAUAAAGAUGCCUUCCAACACCUUCCGAGCCUCAGAUAUUUGUUAAUAUCAAACACUGGCCUUCGGUUUUUACCUGCUGUCCACAAGGUUCACUCUUUCCAGAAAGUUUUGCUAGAUAUUCAAGACAAUAUCAAUAUACGUACAAUUGAAAGAAAUUCAUUCAUGAACCUGAGUUCUGAAAGUGUGAUUCUAUGGCUCAAUAAAAAUGGAAUUCAGGACAUUGAGGAUCAUGCAUUUAAUGGAACAUACCUGGAUGAGCUAAACCUAAGUGAUAAUCACAACCUAGAAAAAUUACCAAAUGAGGUCUUCCAGGGAGCCAAUGGACCCAUUGUUUUGGAUAUUUCCAGCACGAAAAUCAGUUUCCUGCCAAGUCAUGGAUUAGAACUCAUUAAGAAGCUAAGAGCAAGGUCUACAUACAAUUUAAAAAAGCUUCCUGACUUAAGCAAAUUUAGAUCUUUGAUUGAGGCAAACUUCACCUAUCCUAGCCAUUGCUGUGCAUUUACAAACUGGAAAAGACAAAAGACCGAAUUACAUCCAAUAUGUAGUAUAUCGCAUGUGAAGCAAGAUUUUGAGGAAAAACCUGGCAAAAAACUACAGAGAAGGUCUGCAGCUGAAGAUUUCAUUUCCAACUACGGCAUAGGAUUUGACCCAGCAGAGAAUGAAUUUGACUAUGGUUUAUGCAAUGAAGUAGUUAAUGUAGCCUGCUCUCCUAAACCUGAUGCUUUCAACCCAUGUGAAGAUAUCAUGGGAUACAACAUUCUGAGAGUCCUGAUAUGGUUCAUCAACAUUUUAGCUAUUACUGGGAACACUGUUGUCCUCAUUAUUUUAAUAAGCAGUCAAUACAAACUCACCGUUCCUCGCUUUCUAAUGUGCAAUCUCGCCUUUGCAGACCUCUGCAUAGGGAUCUACCUGCUGUUUAUUGCCUCUGUAGACAUCCAGACCAAAAGCCAGUACUACAACUACGCCAUAGACUGGCAGACUGGGGCAGGUUGCAACGCUGCAGGAUUUUUUGCAGUGUUUGCGAGUGAGCUGUCGGUGUACACGCUGACGGUGAUCACGCUGGAGCGCUGGCACACCAUCACCUACGCCAUGCAGCUGCACCGCAAGGUGCGCUUGCGCCAUGCUGUGAUCGUCAUGAUUUUUGGCUGGGUGUUUGCCUUCACAGUAGCACUCCUUCCCAUGUUCGGGGUCAGCAGCUACAUGAAGGUCAGCAUCUGUCUGCCCAUGGAUAUCGAAACAGCAUUUGCCCAGGCUUAUGUUAUGUUUCUCUUAGUGCUGAAUGUUCUUGCGUUCGUCGUGAUUUGCGUCUGCUACACCUGCAUCUACUUCACCGUGCGCAACCCCAACGUUGUCUCUUCCAACAGCGACACAAAGAUUGCCAAGCGCAUGGCCGUCCUGAUCUUCACUGACUUCCUCUGCAUGGCACCAAUAUCUUUCUUUGCCAUAUCGGCCUCACUCAAGGUUCCUCUCAUCACAGUGACUAACUCCAAGAUCCUCCUGGUUUUGUUUUACCCCAUCAACUCCUGCGCAAACCCUUUCCUCUACGCCAUUUUCACCAAGACUUUCCGCAGGGAUUUCUUCAUUCUCUUGAGCAGGUUUGGGUGCUGUGAAAUGCAAGCCCAGAUUUACAGAACAGAGAUCUCCUCAUCUGCUCAUACUUUCCACACAAGAAAUGGCCAUUGCCCUCCUGCAUCAAAAAACGGUGAUGGUACUAUUUAUUCUUUGGUUCCCCUGAAUCACUUGAAAUGAAAUGCUUGCAUAAAUUUGUGUCUGAGGCAGUGUGCUAAUCACUUGCAAGUAUGUAAAUUUGAAUAAUGACUUCAGCAUAACAUGCAAACUUAUUUUUUAUGAAAAAAAUUAUUUCCAAUUCCCUAUUUUUGUUCAAUGAACAACGAUCAGUGAUGACAUAUCAUCUUCAUCAAUUCUUGAAGAACAAAGUGCCAAAGUAUUCAUGUAGAACUGUCUCAAGAAAUAAAUGAGAUCACAAACUGGUAUCUCCCACCAUGCAGGCAGAGAUUCCCUUCAUCCAAGGAAGAUGUUAGUUGCUUAUUGAGGAUUAAGUACUGGUUAUAUACGGUUUCAAAAAAUAUGUAGAAUUAAUUUCUUUUCCUGUGAAUUGUGUUAUAGCAAUACAGAUAAUUAGCUUUUUUCAUUAAUCAAAUCUCCUGGGGUUACAGGAGACAGAAGGCCAAUUUAAGCCCUCCUCCAGCACAGGCUUGCCAGGAAUGAGAAUAUCUCAUGAUGUUUCCAUUUCUGUUGAGCACAGCAGGGAGGCAGGAGGCAUCUCUAGCUAUGAUGGAUCUUUGCUGUUCCACACUGUGUGGACCUGCCUUACCUUGCACAGAAGUGUCACUUUGGGUGGUAUUUGUGUUGGUUUAGAUUGGCAGGCUCAGAGAAACCUGUUUUGUCUGAGUUUGUAUUCAAGCGUUGGUUUGGUUUAGGGUUUCUUUUCAAGGUAAGAAAGAGCAAGAAUGAGGGCAAGAGAAACCCCUCAUAAUAAAAAGGGUGUGCUUUAAAGUUGUUUUCACAAAGUUGAAUUCACCUGUGUGUCUGGGAGCCUUGGAUAUGCCAGCAUGGGCCAAUGGACUGCUCCACCAAGAUGUGUGAGGCAGGUUUGCCAUACAACAGCAUUUGUGUAUUGUACUGCCUGGGCUGCACAAAGAACAAUGGCUCUAGAUGUGGUUUUUAAAUCCCUGCACAAAAGCUCACAUGAAAAGUUAAUUUUUUGUCUAAUCCUCUUGGGAUUUAUCCUUCCCUUCUGAAAAAAAAAAAAAAAAAUCCUUCAUGCACACAUUACUAUGUGCUGGUCCAGAUUUGAAGACCUGAAAUAAAUCAUAAGCUACAUAUGUUGAAAUAGCUACAACAACAGCAACAACGACAACAACAACAAAGUUAAAAAGAAGAAAGAAAAAAAUUUAGUCAAGAUUUCCUGGUUUUACAGGGAUUUUUACUAACAUCUCAAUGAAUGUACUGACUUCUUACAUGAUUUGAAUAUCUAAUUUUUGCAUGGUUCAUCAUUCCAAAUUGCAACAAAGAUUCAUGGAUGGGUAGGGUUUUAUCAUGCUGAUUAUGUGUGGAUAUGUGGGCAUAAAGAAAACACCAGGAGAGCAGUCUGGGCUUCAUUCCCAUCUCACAAACAACUCACAGUUCUGCCCCAUGAAAUUAUAAAAGCUUGGAGUCUCCAUGGUUAAAUGUGAUGUGCUUUAAAUAUUUCCUACCUACAGCUCAUAAAAUUUCAGUAGCAAAUCUUGAUGCUUCUAUCCAUAAUUUCCCCUGUCAUCAGCUUCACAUUUUAGCAUCUGAAUCUUAUGUGAAUAACAACAGGAGGUGAUUAUUCAUUCAGUCCUAGCCAGGGAAAGAACUAUCAGCUCCCUAGUGCAUAAAGCAGGGGAGAUCAAAGACAGUGUGUUUUGGCGGGGGAAAUUUCAUUACUCAACACAAGUAACACUCCCUCCAAGAUCCAGGAAGAGGAAGAAUGAAAGAAAAAAGUGGGAAAGACACUUCAUCUCUGGGAAGAUCAUCUGACUACUCAGAGGAAUCUUUUUUUUUUUCACAAAUGCUUUAUGUCAUAUACAGUGUGCUGGUGUGAAGCCAUUAAAUCCCAUCCCAAUGGAAGUGACUGAAUGAUGAUGUUCUAAAAUGACAAAUAAUCUAGUUGUAUUUUUUAAAGGGUCCUGAAUCUAUUAUUUGGCUAAAAAUGAGGGAUGUUCUUUAGUAAAUACUACCCCACUUUUGAUGAUAAAUAGGGAAAAUUCUUGCAGCGUGUCAUGUCACGCUGUUUUGCCUGAGCUCUGUCCAUUUACCAGGAAUGAGACCUGGCAGCUCAGGAAAACACAGGCGUAGUAGUCUAGAAGCCAGUCUAGUAAAUCCUCUAGUAAAUCAGGCAUAUGAGCUUGAUACAGACCAUCUUCAUGCAAACCCAUUGCCCAGACAUUUGCAGAAUCAAGACACAGUUAAAUAUGUUUUGCUAAUUAACAUCCCUGAAAAGAGACCUUGCAGGGUUGUGUCUUGUACCCAGAGUCAGACCAGGGCCUGGGAUUGAGCCACCAAACCCAUGGGCUUUCCUCCAGAGGACACAUGAGUUGAUACUUGAGGAACAGGUAAAGCCUGUAAAAUUGGACACCUUGCCUCAUGGAGGACAUGUCAUCCUACCCACACAUCCUGCUGCUCAGGAGCUCUGGUGGCAGCUCCAAAGGUGAGAGACUGAUGGUGCAGCUACUGAGACAAAAUCCUCCCUCUUCUAGUCCUUAGAUCUCCUUAGCUUUACCUGUUCUUUUGAUUUUAAUUUUAAUAAUUUUCCAGAUUGUGAGGGACACUCUGGGACCUGUGCUUUUUCCUGUGUGAGAUAUUGGUCUUUUUGUAUCUAUUUAUUUUAGUAGUGUUUUUAUUUGAAGAAAGCAGUAUAAGAAAAAAAUACCUCAGGAUACAUUUUGUCCAUGCUUGUAAUAUACAAAAAAGCCUGCUGGUGUUUGGUGUGGGUUUCCUCAGCUCUUGAACAACAUGUUUAUGUUGCAAUCUCUAAACUAUUUUACAUUUCCCUUUCUGAAAUCUAUUUUAAUAAAACCAAUAUCAAAACAGAGUGCCUUGAGAACAAGUGUGCAGCCAGAGAUAUGUUGACAAAGUAUGCAAUAAAUGUUGCUGCUUA